AUGUCGGCCUCUGUGCAAGAUGCUCGCCGGGAGGUUGGCGAUGAAUAUUCAGAUAGCGACUCCGCGGCGUCUGAUAUCCUGAACCCUGCCAAUGACGACGAGGGGUGGGAAGAUGUUGAGCCGGAAGAAGAGACUCAAGCAGUCGUGGGGUUGUUUAGUGCAGAUGUCUACCCAGAUGUGCGCACUAUGCUGAAAGAUACCAGGGAAAGGUACAAUUUUGACCUUGUUAAGGUGCAGAAAGACCUCGAUCUCGACUUUUUAGGGACUGUUCGACUAGUCAACUAUCUACGAUCUGAGAUCAAGCAAGGCAAUAAUAACCCCGAUGUCAGCUCCCAGGAUCGAUUUGGAGAUGACACCUACCUUAAGCCGGUUCUUGACGAUGACGCUCUCCUCUAUAGCCUGGACGAUCUUACAGACGAAUCGGAAGGCGCAAACGCUGAUCAAAGCAGUGAAAAACGGAUUUUGGAACUCCAGGAAGAGUUAGAAACACUAAGGCACCAGUUCUCAGAAUAUCGAUUAGCAGUGCAGAAGUCAAUGAGCGAACAAUUGCAUGGGGUCGAGCACUCAAUCGACGGAAGUCUGACUGGGCCUGGCGUACAUGGAAAGGGAAAAAUCGAACAAGCCGACGCUGACUACUUCACUUCCUACUCUUUCAACGCAAUCCACGAGACGAUGCUUAAGGACUCGGUGCGCACCGAUGCUUACCGUGACUUUAUUUAUGACAACAAGGGCCUUUUCAAAGACAAGGUGGUCCUCGAUGUAGGAUGUGGGACCGGAAUUCUGUCCAUGUUUUGCGCGAAAGCGGGAGCAAAGAUGGUUAUCGCCGUCGAUAACUCCAAUGUGAUCCAGAAGGCUCGGGAAAAUGUCUACAAAAAUGGAUUUGAAAACGUCAUAACAUGUGUUCGUGGAAAAAUCGAAGAAGUCAGCUUGCCAGUGCCCCAAGUCGACAUCAUUGUAUCGGAAUGGAUGGGCUAUGCAUUGCUCUUUGAGGCCAUGUUGGACUCUGUUAUAUGGGCUAGAGACCACUACCUGAAACCAGAUGGGCUUAUGGUUCCGUCGCAUACCACUUUGCGCAUUGCCCCUUAUGUUGAUUGUGACUUCGUGGACUCCCAUGUGACUUUCUGGAAAUCCGUCUACGGCUUUGAGAUGUCGAGCAUGCUCGCUAACAUUCACGAUGAGGCAAUUGUUACCACCACGAGCCCCGACAGCGUUGUUGGUUCAUCGGCCCUCUUUUUGCCCCUACCUCUACAUACGAUAACCGUUCAGGAGCUCACGUUCUUGAGGGAUUUUGAGGUGACACUUACACAAGACAUUCCGGGCCUUGACGGUUUCAACAUAUGGUUUGAUACAUUUUUCAUGCCUUCGCCCACAUUCAAAUUCAACAAUGAGGCUCUCCCCUCCGAUAUGAAGAAGGAAGGACUGGUGGCAUUCACCACUGGACCGUUCGGGAAGGAGACACACUGGCAGCAGUGUGUUCUCCUUGUGAACCAUGGAGAAAAGGGUGCUGUUCCAUUGAAAAAGGGACAGGUCAUCAAAGGUAGUGUUGGGUACCAGAAGAAAGAGGAAGGCUCGAAGGCACCCUACCCUUUUCUCACCGCUUCAUCCGGUUUGCCGUUGUCAUUGGUCAGAAAUGUCCAGGAGACACUUCGACAAUCGCGUCAUAUCGCUGCUGCUUCAUUUUCGAAUAAUUUCCUCGUCUUCGUCUUACCUCCUUCAGCACAGGAUGCCUUUUCAUGGAACGUUUACAAUCCAGACAAUGUAGCGCGCGUCCGUCGCGACGAGGCGCGGGCCAAGGCACAAGAGGAGGAGGAAGAAAGACGCAUGCAAGAGGUUGAUGCCGAGAACAGGAUAAAAUUACUCCGUGGCGAACGCCCAUCAAAUCCUUUACUGCCACCUGCCCUUGACAAAAGUGUUGAUCAGCGCACCGAAUCGUACAGACAAUCGGACGCGGAUCUUGACAAAAGCAGGCAUAGAAAGCGGCGGCGACUUGCUGGUGAGAAUGAUACGGAUCGAGACAUAAGGUUCGCGAAAGAAGACGCCGAUUCAUACAAUGCGAAACGUGACGAGUUGCUUUCCUCUCACAGGAAAGAUGCGGAACGAGACGAGCACGUCUCAAUCACGGAUAGUGCAGGUCACAUUAAUCUUUUCACCGAGGAUAUGACUCGAAAUAAACGAGCGGAAAAGAACGUGGAAGCUGAAGCAGAGAAGUUAAAGAAGAAACGUGCCCUUGAAGACCAGUAUACCAUGCGCUUUUCGAAUGCAGCCGGGUUCAAAGAGUCUGCUGGUCAAACCCCGUGGUAUUCGUCAAGGUCUAGCAAUGCUAGAGAAAUAUCAGAUACAAUGCCAACCACCGAUGUUUGGGGAAAUGAAGAUCUCAUGAGGAAAGAAAGGGAACGGGCCCGUAUGAAUUCAAAUGAUCCGCUAGCAGCAAUGAAAGCUGGUGUUCGAGGGCUAAAAAACGCGCAACGAGAACGGAAAGAAUGGCAGCAGCAAAGGCUACGUGAGCUAGAUGAUUUGAGAAGGACAGAAAGAUCCGAGCAUAAGCGGAGGCGGCGACGAAGGUCUAGUUCUCAAAAUUCGUCCGCUAGUCUCGAAGACUUCUCCCUCGAUGGUAGUAGUAGAAAGCAUGACAAUAACACUCAUGAGGAAAUCAGGCGGCAUUCUCGGCAUCGGCACCGGCGACGGCAUCACCGUAGCUGA